AUCGGACACCUGCGUUUAAAAUUAGCUUAGUUGCUCCCGAAUCUACCAGCUGUGCAACUGAAGGCGUAUUUAUGAAAAACAAAAAUGACUGUAAGGCCGUUAACAGCUCCUCUUGCCAAGAAGGCUAAGAAAGAAAUAAAUGAGGUACCAUCACGAGUCCCAACAGAUAUCGAAAGCCUUAAAGAUUGGUUAAGGAAACAACCACACUUAGAAUCUGUUAAACCAACGGACCAAUGGCUUCUAGCAUUUUUGCGCGGUGGAAAAUUCAGUCUUGAAAGAAGCAAACAAAAGUUAGAUAUGUAUUAUAGUUUAAAAUCCAUAGUGCCUGAAUUCUUUGCAAACAGAGAUCCCAACGGAGCUGCUAUUCAAGAAAUUCUCAAACUCGGAGUUUUCCUGCCAUUAAUGAAAAGUCAGAAGAAACAAGAUGCACCUAGAACAUGUAUAGUAAGGAUAGGGGCGUUUGAUCCUGCCAAAUACCAUCUAUCAGACUUGAUCAAGGUGUCGUUCAUGGUAACUGAAAUAUUGAUGCUGGAAGAUGACAAUUUCACAGUUGCUGGUGAGGAAGUGGUAGUCGAUUGUAAGAAUGUCAAAUUUGGAGUACUAAGUCAAUGGACUCCAGCGUUGGCGAAAAAAGUGAUGUCAAGUUUCGAAAAGGCUCUUCCAGUGAGAGUAAAGGGGACACACAUUCUUAACACACCAGUCGGAUUCGAAACAGCAUACACAAUCUUCAAAACAUUUUUAACAGAUAAAUUAAAGAAAAGAGUUCGCGUACAUAAUCAAAACUAUGCGGCCAUGCAUGCGAUCAUUCCGAAGUCUACCUUCCCGACGGAGUACGGUGGCGAUGAGGGUGACCUGCAAGAAAUAAUCGAGUACUGGAAAGCUAAGGUAGAGAGCUACCGAGACUGGUUUUUGCAACAAGAUGAUGUGCGAUCAGACGAGAGCAAGAGACUCGGCACUCCCAAGACGUCGUCAUUGCUGUUUGGAGUGGAAGGCUCCUUCAGAAAAUUGGAUGUUGAUUAAAUAUAAUAAAAAUA